AAAAAGGCAGGCCCCAUGGGCCAGGCACACGCCGCUCAGUGUGCAAAAGCCAUCGACGGACGACGACCAGGAGCGCAGCAUGAGCGACGCCAUUGUCUACCUCGGGUCGGUGCUCGUGAUCGCGAUCUCGGCCAUCUACUUCUUCAAGUCGAGCGCGUCCGAGGCUGACAAGGCCUUUGAGGCGCGCUACAAGGCGAUGCAAGAGGAGAAGCGCCGGGCGGCGCUCGCGUCGUCAAGCAGUUCCGCCGCUUCCACGUCGACGGCCGUGGCCGCGACCACGUCGAGCGCAGCGCCCGGUGGCCGCGCCCUCGUCUUCUUUGGCUCGCAGACCGGCACGGCACAGAGCUUUGCGCGUACGCUCGCUGACACGGGCAACGAACAGGGCCACUUUGCGGUCGAGGCCAUUGACAUGGAGGACUUUGACCCGACGACGCUCCACAGCGUGGCGCAUGCAAUCUUUGUUGUCGCAACGUACGGCGAGGGCGAUCCGACGGACAACGCGAUCGACUUUAUGAAGUACCUCCGCGACGACGACAAUGCGAUUCCCAAGGGCCACCUUGGCAACGUCAAGUUUACGGUCUUUGGCCUUGGCAACAAGCAGUACGAGCAGUACAACGCGGUCGGCCGCGCGAUCAACACACUCAUGGAGAAGCACGGCGCGGUGCGCGUGUACCCGCAUGGCGAAGGCGACGACGACGACUCGCUCGAAGAAGAUUUCGACGCGUGGCGCGCCGACCUCUGGAAGACGCUCCGCAAGGCCGACAAGGUCGGCAGCGACGAUGACGAGCCGGCGCCGGCCUCGUCGAUCAAGACCAAGCCGCCGCACGUUGCGUUCGAAUGCAAGGUCGUCGGCGAACCCGCGAAGGCCCGUGUCUUCCAGGACGACGAGAUCCAAAAUUCCAACAAGCAUUUCUUCCACAACACAGAGGUCAAGCUCGUCGAGACGCGCGAACUGCGCCAGUCGACAGCGAGCGGCUCGACGUUGCACCUCGAAUUCGACCUCAAGAACACGCCGCUGACGUAUGUGACCGCCGACAACCUCGCGAUCCUCCCGGAAAACGACCUCUCGAUCGUGACGCGCGUCGCGUCGUCGCUCAAGUUUACGCUCAGCCAAUGGAUUGCGCUGACCCCGACCGAUGCGACCAAGACGGCCAAGCACCCGUUCCCGACGCCCGCGACCGUCGACGACAUUUUGUCGCGCUACGUCGACUUGAACGGUGCGCCGCGCAAGGGCGCACUGGCGCACCUUGCGCACUUUGCGACCGACGCGGCCGAGCAGGAGAAGCUCUUGCAUCUCGCGUCGCCCGAAGGCAAGGACGCGUACCAUGCGUUCAUUGUCGACGGCUGCCGCAACGUCGCCGACGUCCUCGAGGCGUUCCCAUCGAUCGCGAUGCCGCUCACAGCCCUCAUUCACGUCCUCCCGUCGCUCCAGCCCCGCUACUACACGAUCUCGUCGUCCUCGACGGUCCACCCGAGCCGCAUUCAUGUGACGCUCGGCGUGAUCGAAUCGGACUUGGCCGACGGCCGCCGCUUCCGCGGCGUGUGCUCCAACCACCUCGCCAACAUGGCGCUGCCCAACAGCGCGCAGGAGAAGACAAAGCGUCCGAACCCGUACGGCGAGCAGGGCAAGAAGCAGGUGCGGUCGUGGCCCACGGCGCGCGUCACGGUGCGCAAGUCGACGUUCAAGCUCCCCUCGGACCCGUCGACGCCGAUUCUCAUGGUUGGCCCUGGCACUGGUAUCGCGCCCAUGCGCGCCUUUCUCCAGGAGCGUGACGCGCAGCGCGUCGCAGGCGCCAAUGUGGGCCCGUCGGUGCUUUUUUUCGGCUGCCGCCGGCAGUCGGAAGACUACUUGUAUGCUGAUGAGCUCGCUGCGUUUCAAUCAAGCGGCACGCUCACGCAGCUGCACUGCGCCUUCUCGCGCGACACGGCGACCAAGGUCUACGUCCAGCACUUGAUUGCGACCCAAGGCGCGUACGUGUACGAGCUCCUCCGCAACGGUGCCCACGUGUACGUCUGCGGCGCGACGGUCAUGGGCGCGGACGUGCACAAGGCGAUUGUCAGCGUCGUGCAGAAGCACGGCGGCCUCUCGGCGGACGCGGCGGCAGCGUUUGUGCAUGACCUCCAGCACAACCAGGCGUACAUUCAAGAGCUCUGGUCGAGCUAAGUGGACAAGGUCAUAUACGCUCUACUAGACUUGCAUAAGAGCAGCCAAUGUACUUUGAUCGAGCACUUGCCUCGUGCACGUAGCAUGUCCA